GACUGCUCUACAUCUGGCCUCUGCCAAUGGGAAUUCAGAAAUAGUAAAACUCCUGCUGGACAGACGAUGUCAACUUAAUGUCCUUGACAACAAAAAGAGGACAGCUCUGAUCAAGGCUGUACAAUGCCAAGAAGAUGAAUGUGCAUUAAUGUUGCUAGAACAUGGCACUGAUCCAAAUAUUCCAGAUGAGUAUGGAAAUACUGCUCUACACUAUGCUAUCUACAAUGAAGAUAAAUUAAUGGCGAAAGCACUGCUCUUAUAUGGUGCUGAUAUUGAAUCAAAAAACAAGCAUGGCCUCACACCACUUUUGCUUGGCGUACAUGGACAAAAACAGCAAGUGGUGAAAUUUUUAAUCAAGAAAAAAGCUAAUUUAAAUGCACGUGACAGAUGUGGAAGAAAUGCUCUCAUACUUGCUGUACGUUGUGGAUCAGCAAGUGUAGUCAGCCUUCUACUUGAGCAAAAUAUUGACGUAUCUUCCAAAGAUCUAUCUGGACAGACGGCCAGAGAGUAUGCGGUUUCUAGUCAUCAUAAUGUAAUUUGCCAAUUACUUUCUGACUACAAAGAAAAACAGAUGCUAAAAAUCUCUUCUGAAAACAGCAAUCCAGAACAAGACUUAAAGCUGACAUCAGAGGAAGAGUCACAAAGGCUUAAAGGCGGUGAAAAUAGCCAGCCAGAGGAAAUAUCUCAAGAACGAGAAAUAAACAAGGAUUGUGAUAGAGAGGUUGAAGAAGAAAUGAAGAAGCACGGAAGUAAUCAUGUGAGAAUACCAGAAAACCUGACUAAUGAUGCCACUGCUGGCAAUGGUGAUGAUGGAUUAAUUCCACAAAGCAAGAGCAGAACACCGGAAAGUCAGCAAUUUCCUGACACUGAGAAUGAAGAGUAUCACAGUGAUGAACAAAAUGAUACCCAGAAGCAAGUUUUGGAAGAACAGAUCGCUGGAAUGUCACAAGAAGAGAUUCUGACUAGUAAACAAGAGCAGAUGGAAGUGGCUGAAAAGAAAAUGAAUUCUGAGGUUUCUCUUAGCCAUAAGAAAGAAAAAGAUCUCUUGCAUGAAAAUAGCAUGUUGCAGGAAGAAAUUGCCAUGCUGAGACUGGAAGUAGACAAAAUAAAACAGCAGAACCAGCUAAGGGAAAAGAAACUUUUGGAGGAAAUUGAAAGUGUGAAAGCAAAGAAUGAUAAACUUCUAAAGGCUGUAAAAUUGAGGGAGGAAGCAUUAACAAAAAUCAAUAUUUAAGUACAGUGGACAGCUUAGCAUUUUGA